AUUAAAUCUCUGUCUCUCUAUCUCUCUCUCUCACUCUCUGCUGCACUCACAAACUACUCCCACCACUUUUUAUACAUAUAUACUACUACUACUAUACACAACUAGUACUAGUAGUAAUAAUAUAACAAUCUUCUACUCUUUCUUUCAAAUCUCUUUAACAUUCUCUGUGUGUGUGUGUCUCUCUCUCUCUCACACAUACAUACAGAGGAAGAGAAAGAGAAAGAGGAAGAUGAGGUUGUGGUGUUUGUGCAGUUUAUUAGUAUUGGUGGUUUUGGGACAAGGGCAAGAAGAUGUAGGAGGAGGAGGAGGAGGGAGUAAAGAGAUGGUGCCAGCAAUGUUCAUAUUUGGAGACUCUCUGAUUGACAAUGGAAACAACAAUAACUUAGCUACCCUUGCCAAAGCCAACUAUUUCCCUUAUGGCAUUGAUUUUCAAGCUGGUCCUACUGGUCGCUUCUCUAAUGGCUACACCGUGGUUGAUGAAAUUGCUCAACUGUUGGGACUGCCUCUGAUUCCUCCAUACGCUCAAGCUUCUGGUCAACAACUGCUUCAUGGUGUCAACUAUGCCUCCGCCGCCGCCGGAAUCCUCGACAUCACCGGCCGCAAUUUUAUGGGUCGCAUACCAUUCAACCAACAAAUAAUCAACUUUCAAAACACACUUGAUCAAAUUAGCAAUUACCUUGGAGCAACGGAUUUGGCUCAAGCACUCUCUCGAUCCAUAUUCUUCGUCGGAAUGGGAAGCAAUGACUACCUCAACAACUACCUUAUGCCCAAUUACCCAACUCGGAAUCAGUAUACCGGCACUCAAUAUGCCGAUCUCUUGGUUCAAGAGUACAACCAACAACUCAUUAGGUUGUACAAUCUUGGAGCCCGGAAAUUUGUACUAGCAGGGCUCGGGUUGAUGGGUUGCAUUCCAAGCAUCCUGGCACAAAGUCCAAACGGUGUAUGCUCAGAAGAAGUGAACCAACUUGUGCUGCCUUUCAAUGCAAACAUGAAAUUGAUGAUCGACAACCUCAGCGCCAAUCUCCCCGGUUCCCACUUCAUUUUCAUCAACAUUCACAACAUGUUCAAAGAUAUUCUCACCAAUAAUAGUUCUUAUGGAUUUAGUGUGAUAAACAAGGGUUGCUGUGGGAUUGGAAGAAACAGCGGGCAGAUAACAUGUCUUCCGCUCCAAACACCGUGUUCAGAUCGAAAUCAGUAUGUGUUUUGGGAUGCAUUCCACCCAACAGAAGCAGUAAACAUCAUAAUGGGGAGGAAGUCUUUCAGCGGCGAUCAAAGCGUGGCUUAUCCAAUGAAUAUAGAGCAACUUGCCAAACUUUGAGAUGAUCAUCAUCACUUCUUCUUCUUCUUCUUCUUCUUCUUCUUCUUCUUCAUGUUAGAUUUUUCGCUUGUGUCUACUCUAUUUGCUUGCUGUUUGGACUGGAGAUUAGAAAUUGAAUGCAGCCAAUCAGCUCGAACAGUUUGGAGUGUAGUAAUGCUUGCCCUUAUUUCUACUUUCAUAUGGUUGUCA